GUCUCGUGCCACCAUGUCCCAAACAGACCAGACCGACCAGCUUCUCGAGCUCCUCCUCCAACUCAAGAAAACGACCCCGGCAGCGGCAAAGGAAAUACUAAAUGCUCAACCUCAAAUUGCAUAUGCGCUCAUCACGCUUAUGGUCAGCAUGGAUGCGGUGGAUAUCGAUGUCUUUCAGAGGAUAUUGGCCGAGUACGGACAGCAGCAAGCACAGGUACCUCCGGCAGUGACCGUGACACCGACGUCUACGCCGCCAGUACCCCAACAGCCGCAUAACCAGCCGUCAUACUCAGGAUAUGGUGGGCAGCAGGCCUACGUCCAGCCGCAAUCUGCCCCGGCACAACCAUUGGAUAUCCUGGCUGCGAUUCCCGAUGAGCAAAAAGCUAUGAUCAUGCACGUCAUACAGAUGACGCCAGAGCAGAUCAAUGCUUUGGGGCCUACAGAACGGGCGAGCGUGUUGCAGCUGAGAGCAUCAUUGUUGGGUCAGCCUGCUUCAUGAUCAUCAAUGGAUUCCUUUUUGCUGUAUAUAUAAUAUAUUUUGGGGGAGCCCCAAGACUUAUUAUUUCAGCAGAGGCCUUUGUACUAAGGUCCAUAUCUCUUCACAAAAUCGGCCAAACGACCGGUGGAGCAGGCAGGCUCCAGUCGACCAGAUGCGUCGGUGCGUGUCGUUCCUACAAACACGCAAAAAGCAGGAGGGAAAGAACAAAAACCAAUAAGCCAGCGAUGAUAAACCUGAAGAUACCCGGUAAAACGCGACAGAAUAGUAUAUACACCCUUCCACCAUCCAAGUUGAAGGCGGUCUUCUUCAGUACCCCCAGUUGCUAGGAAUAUAGC